AUGAAAAUUCAAUUUUCGUUAAUUUUCUUGUUGCUGAGCAUUGUUGUUGUGACUCUGGGCACCACGAUCGUUGCCGGAAAGUCUCAAACGGACAGCAACCUUUCAGCUCAAUUCGAUGCCCAAUUUCAACAAAUUCUCAAAUCUGACAUUACAAAGCUUUCCUAUGCUGAUCAACAAAAAGCACUCCAAGAACAUGUCAAACAAAUUAACAAAUUGACGAAAAAUCAAAAAGACCUUCAACUCGCUUGGCAAUCAUUGGAUCGUUUGGAACAACAAAUUAAAAAAGAAUAUGUUGAAAAUAACAGAAAAGUUAUUGUGGCUCAAGCAAAGGUCACAAAGGCUUGCAAACUUGUUGAAUAUUACAAAAUUUUACUCAAGAGAUUACAAAUGGAAAUUCUCAAGAUUAGACUCUCCUCUACAAAGAAGACUAAAUUGACCAAAUACUACACCAAAUUGAUUAAAAAGUACAAGGUAGAAAUGGAGAAGGCUUAUGAAAUUUAUCAAUCCUCUAUCAAAGUCUCAAAACAAGUUUAUUCUGAAUACGUGGUUGAGGCCAAGAAACUCUCUAAACAAAUUGAGAAAAUUAGACUUCAAAUUUCAAUUAUUGAACUCAUGAAACAAAAAUUGUACUCGACUCAAAGUUUAGAAGUCGAACUCUCAACCAUGAUUGAAGAAUGGGAGCAAAUUAUUCAUCAAGAAGAAGUCACUCAUAUUCAUGAAAAGGAAAGAUGUCAAUGUGCUAUUGAAUAUAGACCUGUGUGUGGUGUGAAUGGUCUUACCUAUAACUCUGCUUGUACUGCAAGAUGUGCCAAUGUGGAUAUUCACUAUCAUGGAGCUUGUAAAUGUAUUCCUCAAGAAGAAGUUAUUGUUGUCAGUAAGGAAAGUGCACUCUCUAGUGCUUCCAUUUAA